AUGGCGGCACCCGCGUUGCCAUCGACGUCCUCGCCCUACCCCUUCGCCUCUGCCCCCGACAUCGUCCGCGCCCACCAAAAGGACGCCUACUUUACGGGCUAUCUCGCCAACACGCUCACCGACCUCCAUCGCCACCUCCUUGGUGCCCGGGCCACCCACGCUGUCGCUCCCGAGCUGCGCUCCCUCGCCUCCCUCCUCUACUUUUCCGUAACAACCCUGCCCGGCAACCGCACGCUCGGUGAGGAAUACUGCGACCUCGUCCAGGUCGAGUCCCCGACUGGCAGGCUCCCCGCUUUCAACGCCAGAGCCGCCUACGUCGCCGGCACCAUCGUCCUGCCUUACCUCAUCAGCCGCUGCCUUCCGGCCCUGCGCGCGCGCAUACGGACCCUUGUCGAGCGCCGGCUCGACACCCUCCGUCGGAGGGGCGCAGACACGAGCAGGGAGGCCCGAAUCUGGGGGUACAUGGCACGUCACCUGACAAGCCUCACCUCGGCCGCCCCCAUCCAAGCCGUCACCCUCGCGCUCUUCUACUUCAACGGCACCUACUACGAGCUCACCAAGCGCCUCCUCUCCCUCCGCUACGUCUUCACCCGCACCGUUCCCGACAGCCCCGAUCGCGCCGGCUACGAGGUCUUAGGCGUCCUGCUCGUCAUCCAGCUCGUCGUUCAGGCGUACCUGCACCUUCGCUCGACCAUCUCGUCCGCCUCCGCCCCCAACACAUCAGUCGCCGAGCUCCGCGAACGUCCAGCCUUUCACUCCGAUACCGUCGAUGUCUCGCUCAACCACAACUCCUACGCCGCCAACAGCGACCUCCUCCUCAACGGCAUCGGCGGCCCCGGUCCCCAGCCGAGCCGGGUGAAUCUCGCGACGACCACACAUACACCCUCCGCCGCGGUGCCCAGGUUCAACCUCGCGGAUUCCCGGGUCAUGAGCUACAUAAAAGGCGCGCAGCAGCGCAAGUGCACAUUGUGUCUGGAGGAGCUCAAGGAUCCCUCGGCCACUCCAUGCGGGCACGUCUUCUGCUGGGAGUGUAUUGGUGAUUGGGUGAGGGAAAAGCCCGAGUGUCCCUUGUGCCGGCGAGAGGCUACAAUGCAGCACAUCCUCCCCUUGCGCGUCAUGUAA